UAACAGCUGCAAAUCCACUUUUCCAAUUUGUUUACGCUGGACAGUGCAGAGCAGGCAGGGUUUCACUGUGUCAAUCCAGCUGAAGUGCAGUCAUGGACGAGUGCGAACUCCUUUGCGAGGCGUCAAGGAACGGUGACAUAGAAAAGGUGACAGCUCUCAUAAACUCCGGAGCCGACAUUUCCUACUUUGGCAACGACGGCUUCACUCCGCUCAUGCACGCGGCCAAGCUCGGCCACGCCGCCGUCGUCAAGGCGCUUCUGGAAGCCGGUGCCCCCUGGAACGCACUCUCUCCUUCUAAUAUCUCCGCUGGCGAUUUAGCCAUGGAGGAAGGUCACCAGGAGGCCUUCGAAAUUCUCCUCAAUGCUGGAAUUCAAUCUGAGUUGAUCUUAGGAACCAUUGCAAGGAAGGAGAAUGAUAAUGGCCAUGCUAAUGGGGAUUACUUGGAAGAUAGGGUUACUUUCAGCGAGGAUAAGCUGAUGGACUCUGAUAGCAAAGCUGUAAUGAUGGCCUGGGAGAAACCACUAAUGGAGGCACAUGCCAAGGCUGUUUGCUCAGGAGGUGGCCACAUACUAAACAUUGGGUUUGGAAUGGGCCUUGUGGAUACAGCUAUUCAACAAUACAAUCCAACUACUCACACAAUCGUAGAGGCGCAUCCAGAGGUCUAUGAAAGGAUGCUUGGCGCUGGUUGGGGCAAGAAAGAUAAUGUAAAGAUAAUUUUUGGCCGGUGGCAAGAUGUUCUUUCUCAGCUUGAAACUUAUGAUGGUAUUUUCUUUGACACAUAUGGAGAGUAUUAUGAGGAUCUGAGAGGGUUCCACCAACGCCUUCCUGAGUUAUUGAAGCCUGGAGGAAUAUACUCAUUCUUCAAUGGACUUUGUGGAGGUAAUGCAUUUUUCCAUGUUGUUUACUGUAAUUUAGUUUCUCUAGAACUAGAAAAUUUGGGCUACCACACACAGUUAAUUCCCUUGCCUGUUAAGGAUUGUUUGGAGAAAGAAGUUUGGGAAGGUGUGAGACAAAAGUAUUGGCAGCUUGAUACGUAUUACCUCCCCGUUUGUCAGUCUGUACAAGAUUCUGAAUGAUAAUCUUAUUAAGCUGUCACUUUUCUCCUCUUUUAGUUAGGGCUAUUGAAUAUUUGAAUUAUAGUUGGUGAUUCAGUAUCUUUGAAACUUCUAUUAUCCAUCAUUGUUAAAGAGCUUGUUGGGUUGUUUACUGCA